AUGACGUCUGAGAAGUGGAAGGACAUGUGGUUGGAGGAUCUGGUAUCUGUAUCGAAUGGCAUUGAGGUGUGGAUCCAGGACCACUUAGAGACACCGGUCAUAAACUUUAAGUCCAUGAGAGAAAUCAGAUUUAUUCACCUGAACAUGUUGAACUCGGUCUUGAGAUCCGUCUGCAGACAGACAAUCAGCCGCUCUCAACACGGAUUGACCCUGAGUGGACCAGGGACGAGAGUUACUCCUGUUCGCUGGCUCAAGACAAAUGGCAAACUCCUGUCUGCAGUGCAACAGGUGCAGGUAGUGGAUGGCGGGAAAAAGCUAAAUGUCACUUGGGACGACGGUAAAUCGUUUGAUUUCCACAGUAUCUGGCUACGGUUUCAGUGUCCCUGCGCAAGUUGUCGAGAGGAGUCUAGCGGCCUGUUCAGGACCAGACCAGCAGACAUCCCAUUAGGAUUAAAGAUUAAAGACGCAAUUAAGACAGAAACAGGAGAUGUACAGGUGGAAUGGAAGGAGGAACCUCAUCACGGACAUUUUUCACAGGAUUUCCUACAGCAGCACAUUUAUUCCAAGGAACAACUUCAAGCAAAGAAAGAAGAGUCCAAACCCGUCUUUAACAAAACGAAAACUAUCGAGAUUAUGUCAUGGAAAGACGUCGAAAACUCUGAAGAGGCACUUUACCAAUGGUUGCGGACGCUGAAUGAGAAUGGGCUAGCAAAGUUAUCAGAUGUUCCCAUCGAAAGAGACUACCUAGAGAAUGUUAUCAGAAAAAUUGGACCAAUUAUUCACACCCCAUACGGAUAUCUUUUUGAGGUAGCCACGCUUGAUGACCCAGUAAAUGCAUCAUUUACAAGCGUGGCCCUACACUUCCACCAAGACCUGCCGGUGUAUGAAGGACAGCCUGGGAUCCAGUUCCUCCACUGUCUAAGAUUUGACGAGACUGUGAAAGGCGGCGUAACAAGGUUCUUGGACAUGUAUCAAACCCUGGCAAAGUUUCGAGUUGAGCAUCCCAACGAGUUCAAGACACUGUGUAGGGUUCCUAUAUCUAUACAGAUGGAAUACAACAACAGUGACUACCCUGUUCUGAUGUCCAAAAGAAGACCAAUGAUAUACCUUGAUGACCGUGGAGAGGUGAUAUCGGUUGUAUGGCACACGUACAUGCACGCUCCGCUGGAAGUUCCGGAGGAAGAUGUGGAAGAAUUUUACAAUGCUUACCAACUUCUUGGACGAGCGGUCGAGUUCUCGGAGGAAGCAAUUGAAACCAAACUUAAACCAGGAGAGGUGAUUGCGUUCAACAAUAGGAGAAUGCUUCACGCACGGAGCGCGUACGAGGAAGGGGGUUCAGGGCAACGCCACUUCCAGGGAGGAUACCUUAGUGGAGACGAUUUCAAAAGCAGACUCUUGGUUCUUGCGAAGAAAAUGGGAGACUCAAGACCUGCCAUCAGAAUUGGAAAUAAUGACUGGCGAUAA